AUGAAUCCCCUAGUUGUUUUGUGCCUUACUCUGGCCUUCCUCCUCUAUGGAGGAAAUGCAAUCACCAUUAAUUUUAUGAACACUUGCCAAUUCACGGUAUGGCCCGCAACCGUAAACGGAGGUUCAAGCCCUGCACUGUCCACAACCGGAUUCGAGUUGGCGAGUGGAGCAUCUAGAUCCGUGGACGUCCCUUCACCAUGGUCGGGCCGAUUCUGGGCUCGGACGGGAUGCUCCGGUGGCGCCGGCAACUUUAAGUGUGACACGGCAGAUUGUGGCUCCGGUCAAGUCGAGUGCAAUGGCAAAGGAGGAACCCCACCGGCAACGUUGGCAGAAAUUACGGUGGCACCGAACGGUGGCCAGGACUUCUAUGACGUGAGUAACGUGGAUGGGUUCAACUUGCCGAUAUCUGUGGCUCCACAAGGCGGCACCGGCGACUGUAAAGAGUCAAGCUGCAAGGCGAACAUCAACGCGGCGUGCCCAAGUGACCUAAAAAUUCAGAAAGAGGAACUGUCAUUCUAUCCAAUCGAAUUGGGAUGCCUUGUAACAGGCUCCUAUGAGAGCGUUAUUGCGUGCAAGAGUGCUUGCGUAGCUUAUAACAAGUCUGUGUAUUGCUGCACCGGAGAGUACAGCAGUUCAAGCACAUGCAAACCCACCACCUACUCCCAGUUUUUCAGCAGUCAGUGCCCUCAAGCUUACAGUUACGCUUACGAUGAUCUCAAAGGCACCUUUACUUGCAACGGCGGACCUAACUACGCCAUCACUUUCUGCCCCUAAGCAAAGGAAAAUCGGAGCUUCGUUACUCCUCCACCGUGUGGGAUAAUAGUUAUGCAAUUGCUACGUCCAGUAAUAACAUGCGCUUAUGUGUGCAUGCAGAUGAAUAAUAAUGUAGUUUGAUUUGAUGAUAUUGUGCUAUAUGUGCACAAUUGCAUAUGAUGAACUCAUCAUAUAGGUAUAUGGGAAUAAUAGAGUUUCAUGGGAACAAAAUCAAAGUAAGUCGUUUUUAUAAUUAGCGAUAUUUGAUGAUUUGUCAACGCUCAUGAACGCAACUAUUCUAACUUUGAAGCCAU